UGCUACAAAGAGACGUAAAUUGUAAAUAGGGAACAUAACCUAACUUUUGAAGUUUGAGUUUGAUGGACUCACUGGAGUAAUCAUAAGAAAAAUCAUAAUUUUACAACAAACAUCUGAAAUUAUUGCCAGAAAAAAUAGUGCAGGAGUAUUUUCUAAAUAGCAGAACAUAUUAUAAAGUGUUCUACUGAGAAUCGAGGAUGUCUGACGACGAAAUAGAAAGUUUUGAAAUUACAGAUUAUGAUCUCGAGAAUGAAUUCAAUCCAGGUCGUUCCCGGCGAAAGCUUUCCAAAAAGCAACAAAUGCUUGGAAUGUGGGCCGAUGAUAGUGACGAAGAAGAAGAAACGACAAGCAGACCAUCUUUCAAAACUUUCAAUAGAGGUCCAAAAAAUUACACAGCUCCUGUCAAUUUUGUCGCUGGAGGAAUUCAGCAGGCAGGCAAGCCGAAAGAAAAAAACAAGCAUGAGGAAGACGAUGAGGAAGAAUCUGGAAAACCCAGAAGAGGAGAUGCUGAUUAUGUACCAAAUAGUUCAAGUGACUCGGAAGCUGAGGGACCUAGCAACAUGAGAUCUCGAAAAGCUUUCUCGAUGAAUUCAGAUGGCGAUAUAGCUGGUCUCAGAAAGAAGAAGAUACCUCUUAAUCCCGCUCUUUUGAAUACUGGAGUAGGAAACUGGGAAGUUCACACAAAAGGAAUCGGAGCAAAACUUUUACUUCAGAUGGGAUUUGAACCCGGUAAAGGUCUGGGGAAAAAUCUACAGGGUAUAGGUGCUCCCGUAGAAGCUCAUCUCCGAAAGGGAAGAGGAGCGAUUGGAGCGUAUGGUCCGGAAAAAUUUGCCAAGAUUGCUGAAAAGAAGAAGGAGGAAGUGACUGAAGAUGCGAAGGAGCAAAAAGGCAAAACUUCCCAGUGGAGAAAGGGCGAUGCGGCAGGAAAGAAGAAAGUUAGGUACUGCUAUCGAAGUGUGGAUCAGGUUAUAGAAGAUGGAAAGCUGAGACCUAACAGAAAAGCUGGCGUGAGUAGCGAAAUGAGUAGAGUUAAAGUCAUAGAUAUGACAGGACCAGAGAGGCGAGUUUUAAGUGGUUAUCAUGCGAUCGGAAGUGGCCAACAACGUCCAGAUGAGACCCUCUUGAUUUCUGAUAAGAAAUCUAAAUCUAAUUUCGCUUUGCCUGAACUGCAGCAUAAUCUGGAUCUUCUUGUUGACAUGUGUGAACAGGAUAUUAUUCAGAACGACAGGAGGAACCGACACCUGGGUGAUAGGUUAAUUGCACUCGAAGCAGAGAAAACUAACCUUGCUAAGAUUGUAGAUCAACAUGGGCAGUUGAUUGAUACUUUGGAGAAUGUCUUGACUGUUGUGGAUCGGCUAAUGAACGAGAGUAAUGAGUUGACUCUGAAUGAUACUGCAGAAGCUUUUAAGAGUUUGCAGGACAACUAUUAUGAGGAGUAUAAAAUGUAUGAGUUGGGGGAAUUAGCUAGCAGUUUGGCGGUACCGAAAGUUAUGGAGUCUUUGGUGACCUGGAAUCCUUUUAUACAACCGAAACAGCCCUUGGAGUUGUUUAAACAGUGGAAGGAUAUUUUGGAAAGUGGGAAGCCAACACUUCAUACGAGAUCCUUGCAUCCUUAUGAUCAACUUGUGUGGAACGCCUGGAUGCCCUCGAUAAGGGGAGCAGUCAAAGAGUGGAGAUGCAGACAACCGGACCCGCUGAUCGAUCUCAUCGAACAUUGGAUGCCCUUACUCCCGAGCUGGAUCUUAGACAACAUUUUAGAUAUGCUAGUGCUUCCAAAAUUGACCCUUGAAGUUGAAGAUUGGAAUCCGUUGACGGAUACAGUCCCAAUUCACACCUGGAUUCACCCGUGGCUUCCUCUCUUACGUAACCGCUUAGACACCCAGAUAUAUCCAAUAAUUCGCCGUAAACUUGGAUCAGCGCUUGGUGGUUGGCACGCAGCCGAUAGAUCAGCCAGAUUGAUGUUAGAGCCCUGGUCUCAGGUAUUUCCAAAAGGAGACUUGGAGGCUUUCCUGGUAAAGAAUAUUGUCCCGAAACUUCAGGUAGCACUUUCGGAACUCGUGAUAAAUCCCCACCAGCAGCAUUUGGACCAGUGGCACUGCGUCUAUGAGUGGAGAGAACUACUUCCGAUUCACAUUAUGGCGGGAUUGCUCGACAAGUUCUUCUUUCCAAAGUGGCUUCAAACCUUGGCUCUCUGGCUGAAUCAUUCGCCUAAUUACGAUCAGGUUACGAAUUGGUACAUCGGGUGGAAGGGAUUGCUUAAUGAUAAAUUACUAGCGGAACCAGUUAUCAAAGAGCAUUUUAAGAAGGCUCUCGAUAUGAUGAACAGAGCUGUUUCCGUCACUGAUGGUCUUCAACCAGGAGCUAUGGAGCAAGUCUCGUAUUUGACGAGUUUGGAAAGGAGUCAGCCGCCCAUUUUACAAAUGCCUUCUAAUGUCCAGCCGAGAGUUGAGAUUUGUGAAUUUUUAUCUCAAGAAAAAAUACUGAAAGAGACUUUCUACCAGCUGAAAUUACUGAAACUCAAAAUUUCUCUUCACAAUGAGUUGUAG